AUGCCGUCUUCUGCAGAUAACGCGGCCCCACGUGGUGGCGCGGUUUCGGUUGCCGUGGCGCUGCCGUCGGACUGGACGGUGAACGAGCGUCAGAUGUGCGACCUUGAAAUGAUAAUUAGUGGAGCCUUCGCUCCUCUCCAGGGUUUUAUGGGUCUUUCCGAUUACCAGAGUGUCUUGAACUCCAUGACGCUGACAAAUGGCGAAGUGUUUUCAUUGCCUAUUGUGCUCGCCAUUCCCAAGGCCUGUUGCGGGGAAACGGCAGCCACAAAUGUUUAUUGGAUGAGUUCAGCGCCUUCUGUCAGCAACAGCCAAGGCCGUAUGAUGCUGCGAGACGUGGUGGGAACCGUCAUUGCUCAACUAGACGUGGAGAGUGUUUAUUUGCCGGACUUGGAAGAGGAAAUGCAAAAGGUAUUGGGAACCACCGACUACAACCACCCGUACGUGAAGUAUCUCCGCGAUCAUCACUCCGACUGUUAUUACGUAGGAGGAAAGAUCACCCCUGUGAAUCCCAUUGUACACUUCAACUUCGAACACUACCGCAUGGCGCCAGCAGUUUGCAAACAAACCAUCAAAGACAGGAACUACGAUGUCGUCGUUGGGUUUCAGACGAGAAACCCCCUUCACAGGAGUCACUACGAGCUCAUUAAACACGCGCUUCAAACGGCAGCAGCAACAGAGAAGAAACGCCCUAUGCUGCUUCUCACGCCUGUCGUUGGGCCUACACAACCGGGAGAUGUUCCUUAUUACCUCCGCACUCGCUGCUACGAACACGUAAUUCGCUAUUUUGAACAAGACCCUGACUGCAAAUUCCCUCACCUCUGCCCCACCUCAGCCAGCACCCCCAACCGCAGCCCUCCUCGCACUCAGCAGCCUGCCUCAGGCGCCUCCACCACUUGGAGAGGGGAAGCGACAGGAGGAGAUGAUCAGUCUAGCAACGCGAUGCUCGUACUCAUUCCUCUUGCCAUGAGAAUGGCAGGCCCCAGAGAAUGCGUUCUGCAUGCACGCAUUCGAAAGAAUUACGGAUGCACCCACUUCAUCGUUGGCAGAGAUCACGCAGGACCUUCAACGAGAAAGCAAGACGGAACUCCUUUCUACGGCCCGUAUGACGCCCACAAGCUGCUAGCCUCUGUUGCAUCUAAACUCGGCAUAACGCCAAUCUUUGGAGAGGAAAUGCUUUAUGUAGGGGAGGAGCACGGAGGGUUUAUACCUGCAGGCCGUCUUGAAGAAAUUAAGCGGCAAAAUCCCAACGUUGAAGUUCAUUCUAUUUCAGGAACGGAGUUCCGAAAACGCCUCACUACGAGAAUGCCAAUUCCCGGAUGGUUUUCCUUUACCAGAGUUAUCGAUGAGCUCCAGCAGUUCUACAAGCAAAACCACGAAAGAGGGCUUUGCGUCUAUUUUACUGGCUUGCCAUGUUCAGGUUCGCGCCAGACGCCGCUGCAGCAGCAAACUGCAGCAACAAUCUGGCAGCAUUCAAAGCUGUUCCUACGCCGCGGCGGCAGCAGCAGCGACAAGAGAAACACCACAAGGGGAGCGUUUGUUUGCUGUUGUACAUUGAUUGCAGGGAAGAGUACUCUUGCAAAUGCUCUGGAGGCAGCUAUUCUCGAGAACCGUAAUGAAAGACGCAAAAUAACUCUUCUUGAUGCCGAUGUCGUGCGCCAACAUCUCACAAACGUGCGGCGUAUCGGAUAUAUCGCCAGCGAAAUUACGAAACACGGGGGUAUUUGCAUUGUAGCAAACAUUGCUCCGUACACCUGCGACAGGGAAUUCAACAGGAAGCUCAUUGAGCAAGAAGGAGGGGUGUACGUUGAGGUGUACGUUUGCACGCCGCUGUCAGUGUGCGAGGAACGCGAUAUAAAGCACUUGUACAAGAAAGCAAGACAAGGCAUAAUAAAACAAUUCACAGGCGUCUCUGACCCUUAUGAGGCGCCGCAGCACCCCGAACUGACGAUCGAUUCCAGUUCCGAUAUUAAAGACAAAGUAGCGCAAGUACAUCAAUAUCUGAAGGAGCAGGGAUAUGUGGUAGAAGCCCCCCCGCUAAGCAAGUGCUGCUAA